UUUUUCCACCAGUUCUUGUUCUUUGGAAUUACUGAUCAACUGCUUAAGGAGGAGCUGAAGAAGAGCCUGGAAUUACCUCUCUCUCGAGGGGGGAAAUGGGAGGCUUCUUCUCUGCUCAGAGAAAGGGAAGAAAGUCUGCCCUGGUCGGGGCGCCGUUGGAGCUGGUCGGAGCGGACGACACGGAGUGCGUUAACUCUGCCGUGCCUUCUUCUUCCCAGUUCUUGCCCAGGAGCUCUUCAGUUGUUCAUAUACUCUGGUUUGUUCAUACAUAUCCAUUGACCUUCUAUUUAUUUAUUUAUUUAUUUAUUUGAAUUUUAUGUAGUUUCAAUUGUUCGUUCGCAUUGAUGGGCAACUUAUAUCCGUUCAAGUAACUCGUGAAUCUACCGUAGAAUCGGCCAUAUAUUCAGCAUUCUCGCAAGGCAACUAUACUCGUUAAACAAAGAAGAUUGCUCUUGGAAGAAUCACUUGAAGGUGUUGUCCCUGGUUCUACAAUUACAACAUUCCCUGUGAUUCAUGGUGGUGGCCCCGGAAAGCCCUAUCUUCAACAGGACUAUAUGUCCUUUUUGUACCGGAUGAAUGAACUACCGUCCAAAAAUAAAUGGCUCGGGACAAAGGGAUUAACAUCUGUGUUAAGUAAGCUGGGGACACAGACAUUUUAAAAACUGUUUGAAAUGAUAUCCUUGUAUCACACGGGGAACAAGUGUUUUGCUGGUAAAUUUGAUUGCAACAAUAUCAUAUAAGUACCAUCGACAGAUACUUACAUGAUUGAUCCCUAUGUGCAUGCGCUUGAUGUGGAUUUCACCCCUAGUGGAUAUAAGGAGGACAUUAAAGCUUUGGGUAAAGUACUUGAAAGGUGUGCAUGAUGAAACUGGAUUCUUCACAAGCAAAGAUAGCUUAUGUUGCCCAUUUGCUGAAAACUAUGAGGGAAAUGCCAUCGGGUGCUGAGUCAUCUCAAACAUUCAAGGCGUUCAUCAGAAAUCACCCUUGCAUGAUGUCAUCCGCCAGUCCACAAGGACUUAUAUCGGAAGUGCAUAGAUACAUCAAGUUUCAGUAUGAUGAUUCAAUGGAACCUGUUCUACAAUCUCCGUAUACCUGGGGUUGGAUCGCUGAAUGUGAUCGUGACUUCAAUCCGGUAUACCUCUAUAAGUGGCGAUUACGGCUGCUGAGGGGGACCGGAUAUUAUGAGAAUGAAUGGUCAUGGUUUACUUUUUGUCGGAAUUUCCUUUCACAUCCUAAUCAAAAUCUGGCCAUACAAAAUGCAGAUAUUGCCAUAUGGUGGUACUUUGAUGAGCAUUUAGCAGACUUCUUGUGCCGCCUUUCCUGCACACAUGAGUUUAAAUUUAACAUUUUCGAUAAAGAUAGUUUUUGCACGCACCCUGCAAAGUGGGAAAGGUACCCGUGCAUAUUAUACUAUGAAUCAGUCCCAAACCUAGAGUAUUCUACAGAAGAGUCGGAAUACGAGGAAGAAAAGUCGGAGUAUGCUGAAGAAGUGCCAGAUCAUUCUGAAGAAAAGCCAUCACCCAGCGAGAUUGGGCGGCCUGGGAUUAGAAAACGCAUCUUCAUAUGAUGUUAGUAGAAAAGGAAGUAAGCAUAAUGAUGGUCGGUUAUUACUUGGUGGUUGGUCAUGCCGACUCAUCUAUGCUCGCCACCUGCUGCCAUCGAGCAGCUCAAACAUAUUUUCAUUUGUCUUGUGUUUGCCCUUGUGGACACAAUUAAUAUAACGAUUUAGCACA